AUGGCAACCCUCACUUCGACUCACCGCGGGUUCGGUUCUGCCAGCUUGACCGUCGCUCCCACCCAAAACACCGCCCCCGUCCAUGAGUUCCGCUGUCUCUACACCCGCGACCUGCACAAGAAAGCAAAGAAAUGGCACGAUGGCUCCUUGCGGUUCCACACCUUCAAUCGACGCGUCAUGGUCUACGACGACGCGAAAAAUUAUAUUGGAGACCUCCACUACAGGCAAGAGGAGGAGUUUGCGGAGGGCGUUGAGAUCCAGCUAGACCGUGGUGUUUUGGUGGAAGUCGGAGAGCGUCUCGGUGAGACCCAAACAGAUUUGGCCCCGAUUCUCGAAAGAUCACGACCAGAGAAGCCUCCACCACCCCAACAGCCGACAGCCAUGGCAAAUCGUCCCCUGUCCGCUGGCCCCUCGCAGAGACCCAAGUCGCUGUUAGAAGUGCUGGGCCCUUCUCAAGGUCGACUGGGACGUGCAAGGUUACCUGCAAACUCUCCUUAUGAGCAAAGAUGGUCAUCUAGUCGCGCAGCGCUGGUGGGAUCGCCUCGGAAACGGCAGAGACUUGACUGUGACAAGGAAAACCAAUUCGAUCAGGUCCACCAACCAGUCCGGCCAGCAAGGCCUCGCUUACCUCAGCCCAUGCAGCCAAGUAAGACCGUCCCGCAAACCCCUCGCCGCGCGGGAUCCCCAGUGGGAUUCGAAGAGUUCAUCGAAUUGUCGUCAGGCGAAGAGCCUAAACAACAGCCUAAGAAGUCAACAAGGCUGGGCUCUGGAGUGGUGGAAAAUCAAACAGGUUUAACCCCGGAGGAGCAGAGGCUGACUCCUGCAUUGGCACGUGCGAGGUCGUCGCUACUCCCUCAACCGGAAGACAAUGGCAGCAAAGGGAGAAUGGGCAAGGAGAGACAGAAGAAAUCAAAUGCCCCCCAAAAACCGAAGACAACAGCCAAUGACGACUCUUCGAAUCUCCGUCCACAAGUCGCUCGCACUUCACGACUGCUGAUCGGCCAGCCAAGGCCCAGGCCAAAGUUGACCUGUGUGCUGCCAUUUUCUAAAGGUACAUCAAGAUCGCAGACGUUGAGAAGUUCGUGCCCACGGUCGCCUCAAGUACGGGCAUCAUCCCCUUUUGAUGAAGACGUGUCGUUGCUACCAAGACAGGCCGUCAAUGCCAACGUCGAUGACUGUGUGCAACCAAUUCAGGUAUCAUGCUCCGGUCAGUCGAGCGUGCAUGGCUCGGUGCAGGAAGAAAACGGCAGUUUCAGCCCUCUAUUUAUACCAGAGGAGAAUCCUGAGAGCAAUUCACCCUCUCCUAGACCACUCCCAACCCAGGAGGAAUUUCCCAUUCCCGGGUCUGACAAGAGCCAGCUAUCUCAAAGUCCACCGAAACCCAAUUCACCCUCUCCUAGACCACUCCCAACCCAGGAAGAAUUUCCCCUUCCCGGGUCUGACAACAGCGAGCUGCCUCAAAGUCCACCAAACCCCAGUGUGGUCUCGUCCGCCCAAGCUCAGCCGGUAUCUAUACCUGCACCGCAGCUUGACAAGGAUGCACGACCGUCGGCGAAUGACGAGUGCCCGCGCCCACAGGCCCCCUUAGUGGUCCAUCCCCAAGUUCCCUACCAACCCGACCUUUCACCGGGACGAUCCAAUAGUUCUGAUAUACGUCAAUUCCGACGAGUCUUUUCUGAAAAUGAUGCGGUGGCAGAUGACGCAUUCACUCUGAGACCUGAGCCUGCAGCACCGCAAGCGAGAAGUCCCCUAGGAGUGCUAGGCAACCUAGCGGCGAGGAAGAGUCCUCUCAAGUCCAAGAGUCCAAGCACACUUCAGCGGUGCGCAUCCGACACCAACGCGUUGGACACAGACAACCACCUUAUGGAAGGAUUGACCGAAGAGGGCACCAAAGGGUCCACAGGACCUUGGACCGAGGACGAAGCCUUUCUUCUGUUUGACUGGUGGCCUGCCGACAUGGAGAAGCCGGUCUACUGGAAGGAGACAGAGGAGCAUGUCUUGCCGCGCAUAAUGCCUGCGGCUGUACCAGAUGUUCGGGCUGGCAUUACAACAGCGCGUCAGUUCCGCAUCAUGUGCAACGAUAUAAAUGGAUAA